UCUCUCUCUCUCUCUCUUUUCCCCCCCCCCCCCGAUCCUUUCCCAAUUGGUUUGUCCCGCUCGGGCCCGGCGGCGGCGCUUGAGAGGAGUCUGCCGCGCUCGCUCGCUCGCUCUCUCUCUCUUACCGAGGACGGGCUCAUUUCAGGGCGGCGCGGGGGGGGAGGUGGGGAAGAGGGAGAGCACGCGCGGCGACGAGGAGGCGCGAUUUAAAGAGACAGGCGAGCCCGGGUGGGGGGAGGGAAGGAAGCGGCGGCGGCGAAGAAGAAGAAGAAGAGGCGGCGGCGGCGGCGGCCACAGCCCCGGCACACACCCCUCUCCUCGCCCGGCGCGGCUGCCAGGGCUUUCCCCUUCUCCCUCACCACAGCCGCCGCCUCCCCUGAGGCCUCCAUGAGGUAGCAGCAGCAGCAGCGGCGGCGGCGAUUCUCCUCAGGAGAUUCUCUCCUCCUUUUUCUUCUCUGAGGAGAAUCUCUGAGGAGAACCUCUGAGGAGAAUCGCCCGCCGAUUCCUCCCCUCAAAGCUUUGUGCGGCGCUGCCGCUGCCGCCGCCGUCGUCGUCGUCGUCGCUUUGUUCGGAGCGGCGGCAGCGGCGGCGGCAGGAGGAGCAGCGGCAGCCGGGGGCGGGGUUGAGGCGAAGCGGCGGCGGCGGCGAGGGAGGAAGCGAGCGGCCGCUCCCCGGCACUGCAGUCGGCCGCGCCGCCCUGAGGGAGCGCGCCCGUGAGGAGGAGGAGGAGGAGGAGGAAGGAAAGAAAGAGGGGGAGGGGGAUCGGCCCGCAGUGGCCCCCCCUCCCGGGGGAGGAGGAGGAGGAGGAGGGAGGAGGAAGAAGAGAGACCCCCCCCUCGCCUCAGCCGCCUCUUCUCCCUCCCCCCUCCCCCACCCGCGAGACCCUCCCCCUCCCCCCGCCGCCUCAGCCGUAGCCGUAGCCGCAUCGGCGGGGCGGGCGGGGGAUUGAUGUGGGGGCUUCGGAGAUGAGUCCGCCGGCCGCCGGGUGCUGCCAUGUGACCGGCUUCAAGGUGGAGAACUGGAAGCAGAACCUGCGGGUGAUCUACCAGUGCUUCGUCUGGAGCGGCUCGGCCGAGAGCAGGAAGCGCAAGGCAAAGUCGUGCAUCUGUCAUAUGUGCGGUGCCCAUCUGAACAGACUUCAUUCUUGCCUGUACUGUGUCUUCUUUGGCUGUUUUACAAAGAAACAUAUUCACGAGCACGCAAAGGCAAAGCGACACAACUUAGCCAUAGACCUUUUGUAUGGGGGUAUAUACUGCUUUAUGUGUCAAGAUUACAUAUAUGACAAAGAUAUGGAACAAAUUGCCAAAGAAGAACAGCGGAAAGCUUGGAAACUACAAGCCUUCACCCCAACAAUGAUUUCUCACUACCAGUGUACAAUGACAGGUAUUGGAGAGAAGUAUUCAACUUGGGAGCCAACCAAACGAGAGUUAGAGCUGCUUCGACAUAACCCCAAGCGACGAAAAAUAACCACAAACUGUACCAUAGGUCUACGGGGGCUAAUUAAUCUUGGGAACACAUGUUUUAUGAACUGUAUUGUCCAAGCACUUACUCACACUCCACUGCUGCGAGAUUUCUUCCUCUCCGACAGACACAAAUGUGAAAUGCAAAGCCCCAGCUCGUGUCUGGUCUGUGAAAUGUCUACGCUUUUUCAGGAGUUCUACUCUGGGCACCGAUCUCCUCACAUUCCAUAUAGGUUAUUGCACCUGGUAUGGACACACGCACGGCAUUUAGCAGGGUACGAGCAGCAGGACGCCCACGAGUUCCUCAUUGCUGCCUUGGAUGUGCUACAUCGACACUGCAAAGGUGACGAUAAUGGGAAGAAAGCCAGCAAUCCCAACCACUGUAACUGUAUCAUAGACCAAAUCUUCACAGGUGGACUACAGUCUGAUGUCACUUGUCAGGUCUGCCACGGUGUGUCCACCACGAUAGACCCCUUCUGGGACAUCAGCCUGGACUUACCCGGUUCCUCCACCCCGUUUUGGCCUCUGAGUCCAGGCAGCGAUGGCAGUGUGGUGAACGGAGAGAGCCACGUGUCAGGAACCACCACCCUCACAGACUGCUUGCGAAGGUUUACAAGGCCAGAACAUCUAGGAAGCAGUGCCAAAAUCAAAUGUAGUGGUUGCCACAGCUACCAAGAAUCUACCAAACAGCUCACUAUGAAGAAACUACCCAUUGUGGCUUGUUUUCAUCUCAAACGGUUUGAACACUCAGCCAAACUGAGACGGAAGAUCACUACGUAUGUCUCCUUUCCACUAGAGCUGGACAUGACGCCUUUCAUGGCCUCUAGUAAAGAGAGCAGAAUGAAUGGGCAGUACCAGCAACCAGCAGAUAGUCUAAACAGUGAUAAUAAGUAUUCCUUGUUUGCAGUAGUUAACCAUCAAGGAACCCUGGAGAGCGGGCAUUAUACCAGCUUUAUUCGGCAACACAGAGACCAAUGGUUCAAAUGUGACGAUGCCAUAAUUACCAAGGCUAGCAUUAAGGACGUACUAGACAGUGAAGGGUAUGUCGAACUCCCAUUAACACAAAACGCCAGUCUUGCUCCCUACCGUGUCAUUGCCUCUAACGUGUGAAAAUAAAAUUUUACU